AUGGAUAAUGAAGAAGAGUUUCCACUCAGGGCUCACCAAAAUGAAGAAUUCACGGAACUGAACUUUGAAGCUCAAGCCAGGAAAAAUAAAGGAUAUGAAGAAGCUGCAAAAAACUUAAAUGAUUUGGUGCUUGACACAAAAGACUGUCCAUUUUAUAUACAUACUUUUCAAAUUCAUGGUACAAAAAAGACGCGUCGAUCACUGUUCGAGUCUGUGAUUAAUCCUGCAUUACAUGCCCGCACAUUGGGUUCGGUAAUUGAUGAAGUUCGUAUAUCUGCAGAUAAAUUGAAUCGCCUCGACAUAUUUAAAUAUGUAGAUGUAUUGCUUGAUAACAACAAUGACCCAUUUGCACAACCCGGAGCUAUUGACGCCAUUUUAUCUGUAGAAGAAAAAAGUAGAUUCUGGAUAAAGACUGGGACUGAAAUUGGUAAUGAUGCAGGGAGUGCGAAUGUUUCUUUGAAUAUUCGAAAUGUUUUUGGUGGCGCAGAAACAUUAGAAACUUACAUGUCGGCUGGAACACAAACUUCACAUGUAUUUGAGUUUUGUUUAGCAAAACCGAUUAAUGGAAAUCCGGAUUCCAAGAUAGACAUUUCAGCAUAUAGAUUAACAAGGAAUAAUCAAAGUUUUAGCUCCCAUGACGAAAUAUUGCAAGGGAUUGCCCUAAGAUGGAGAAUUCUUAGUGCAUCACUCAGAAAUGGACUUCUAUUUCCAUUGGAAGCUCAGCAGUCAAAAAUUAGUGAUAGAUUUUUCCUUGGUGGAGCACAAUCAGUGAGAGGAUUUAAAUUGAAUGGAAUAGGUCCAAGAGAAGAUAAAAGUGACUUUUAUGUUGCGGCAGGUGUAAGUCUUUUCACUCCGUUACCCAAAUUGAGCAGAUAUCCGGUUAAAGGACAUUUCUUCUUAAAUGGGGGAAGUCUGGUAAAAGUAAAUCCAUUGCAACCGCUUACUUAUGCCUACAAAAAUCUCACAAGGGCACCUAGUGUUUCAGCAGGCGUAGGAAUAGUGUAUAGAAGUAGCAUUUUAAGAUUAGAAAUGAAUUUCUGUUUACCAUUGAUAGCAACAAAUACUGAUAAGUUAAAAAAAGGAUUACAAUUAGGUCUAGGAUUUAAUUUUUGGUAA